AUGUUGGUGGUAUCGCGAUCAUUGUGUCGCAGUUUGGUAGCACCAUCUUUUGUGGUAAAAUCACAAUCAUCAACACAAUCUUCAUACUCGACUACGACUACUGCUACUACAAAUAGAUUCGACUACAGUUUAAAACAAAAGAAAGAUAUUAGUUGUUCUACACCAGCAACAGCAACAGCAGUACAUUUCACUUCAUUAUUCUCGUCUUCUACUUCUUUGUCUUUAUCAUCUACUGCUUCUGCUAGUUGUUUCAAUCGUCGCUUAAUUAGAGACUUUACAAAUCAAAACAAAUCAUCAUUGUUAAUAGCAACUAGAAAAGAAAGAUCAAUCAUACAUGUAAAUAAUAAUAAUAAUAAUCAACCACAACUUUAUAAUAAUAAUAAUAAUAGAUAUUUAUCAACUUCAUCAAAUACAACUACAAAUACAACAACUACUAUAUCAACGACAACACCAGAAUGGAUUAGUAAAUUACCAAAAUCAAUUCAACCAUAUAUAUUUUUGUCGAGAUUGGAUAAACCUAUUGGUACACUAUUGUUACUUUAUCCAUGUUUAUGGAGUACUGCUUUGGCUGCUGACCCUGGUCAUUUACCAGAUCUAAAGUUGAUGCUCAUGUUUACGGCCGGUGCAUUUAUGAUGAGAUCGGCUGGAUGUGUCAUCAAUGAUAUGGCCGAUUACAAGUUUGAUAGAAAGGUGGAACGAACCAAACUUAGACCAUUGGCAUCAAGUGCUCUAAGUCAUCGUCAAGCAUUUGCUUUAUUAUCUGCUCAAUUAUUAACCUCUUUUGGUAUACUUUUAACUUUUAAUAAUUAUACAAUAAUAUUAGCAAUGGCAUCAGUACCAAUUGUAAUUAUGUAUCCAUUUAUGAAAAGAUUUACCUAUUAUCCACAAUUUGUAUUGGGAUUGGCAUUUAAUUGGGGUGCAUUGGUUGGAUAUUCUGCGGUGGUUGGUAGUUGUGAUUGGUCGGUUGUACUACCACUGUAUUUGGCUGGUAUUUCAUGGACAAUGGUUUAUGAUACAAUCUAUGCUCAUAUGGACAAAAAAGAUGAUGUCUCGGUUGGUGUAAAAUCAACCGCAUUGGCAUUUGGUGAUCGUAGUAGAGUCAUUCUUAGUGCAUUCUCUGCAUUGACCGUUGCUGCCAUGUUGGCAACUGGAUAUGCAUCAUCUAUGCCUUUGGAAUAUUAUAUUGGAUCGGCUGUCUGUGCAUCACACCUAGCCUAUCAAAUGUUGAGUGUCGAUUUCAAUAGUCCACAAUCAUGUAUGAAAUUCUUUAUUUCCAAUCGUACAUUUGCCCUUUUAUUCUUGUUAACUAUUAUAAUAGCUAAAUUGUUUCAACAAGUUGAACAAGAAAAUCAACAACAACAAAUAGAAUUAUUAGAUUAA